UCUCCUUCGUUACAUGUAAAUGUGACAUUUCACGUUUUUCUCAAUCUCUCCCUCCACCAUUCACGUUUUCUCUCAGUUCUUUCCCAGAGAGAUAGAAACAUAGCCCACCGGGGAUUCUGAGUCACGUCCUCAAUCACAGUUACUGUGAAAACAAAACAUAUAUAAAAAAUUCGAAUUAUUCAUUUUCUUGGGAAUAAAGAGUAGGAUUAUUUUAGUGGUGGGGUUUUCGAGGCAAGAGAGAGAGAGAGAGAGAGAUACAAAAGGAUGAGUUUUAAGGAUUUAGAGGCAGAAAGAAAAACAUCAUUUGCUUCUUUAAUGAGCUUCAAAAGUGGUGUUGGUGGUGGUCGACAGGAUAAGAUUCAAGAUGUUGCUGCAGGUGUCUUUAAGAUCAAUUCAGUUGUUUCUAUGUUCCAUCAUCUUGUCAACACUCUUGGUACUUCUAAAGACACCCCUGAGCUUCGUGACAAGCUGCGCAAGACGAUAUUACAUAUCGAACAACUUGUGAAAGAUACGUCGACUAAACUUAAAGAAGUUAGUGAAACUGAUCAGCAGAGAGGUGUUGAUCAAAGGAAGAAGAUUCUGGAAGUUGCAAAAGACUUUCAAGCUGUAUUGAAUGAGUUUGAAAAGGCUCAGCGUCUAGCUGCUGAAAAAGAAAUUGUGUAUGCUCCUCUUGUCCGCAAGCCAUCUCUUUUCGCAAGGUAUACAGCCAGUGAGGCAGAUGUGAAUGCAGAGAAGGAUCUGGAGCAGCAGGCUCUUCUUUUGGAAUCAAAAAGAAAAGAACUUGCACUUUUGGACAAUGAGAUUGCGUUUAAUGAGGCUUUUAUUGAGAAAAGAGAGCAAAAGAUACAAGAAAUGCAGCAGAAAAUUGGCGAGGUGCAUGAUUUCUUCAAAGACAUGGGAGUGUUGGUACACAAAGAAGAAGCCGUGAUUGAUGUGAAUGCUGAGAAGGAUCCGAAGCAGCAGGCUCUUCUUUUGGAAUCAAAAAGAAAAGAACUUGCACUUUUGGACAAUGAGAUUGCGUAUAAUGACGCUUUUAUUGAGAAAAGAGAGCAAACAAUACAAGAAAUGCAGCAGGAAAUUGACGAGGUGCACGAAAUCUUCAAAGACAUGGCAGUGUUGGUACACGAUGAAGAAGCCGUGAUUGAUGAGAUUAAUACUCGCAUCCAUAACUUUCAUGCUGCAACUGCACAAGGAAAAUCCUAGCUCGCUAGAGCCUUUAUGACUCAACGAUCAUAUUCUUCACUGGCUUGCUUGCUCUUGGUAAUUUUUGGUAUCGUGCUCAUGAUUGUCAUUAGAGCAUGGCCAUUGCACAUCCUCAAAUGAGUGUCUCUAUCUUUUAAUAAUAUGAAAAAUAAUACUAAUCUCUUCACAUC